UUUUACUUGGACUAACAGAUGAAGACCUGGAGCUGGGUUUAGGUGUCAGCAGUGUAAUGCAUCGCCGGAAACUCCGCCUGGCCAUUGAGGAUUACAGAGAUGCUGAGAAUGGCUGUCCAAGGCUGCAGACAUGGACCACCACUGGGUGGCCAAGGCCUGGUUGAGUGACGUGGGCUUGCCUCAGUACUCCCAGGCCUUUCACAACCACUUGGUCGAUGGGCGUCUGCUGAACUCCCUGACACGUCGCGACCUUGAACGUCACCUCAACAUCACCAAGAAGUUCCACCAGGUCAGCUUGCUGCUGGGCAUCGAACUGCUGCACUUACUCAAUUUCGACAAGGAGGCACUGCAGGCUCGUCGGAUACAGUGUGAGCACCAGAAUGUGGAUCCGUUGGUGUGGACCUCUCAUCGGGUCAUGAAAUGGAUCAAGGAUAUUGACCUGAAGGAGUUUGCUGAAAGUCUUCUAAGCAGCGGUGUUCAUGGCGCUGUCAUGGUGCUCGACCCCACUUUUAACACUGACGCCAUGGCAACAGCACUGGGGAUCCCGAGCAACAAGCACAUGGUUCGCCGACACCUUGUUGAGGAGAUGAAAACCUUGAUUAGCCCAGCCAGGACGGAUGCCAAGCUGGACUAUGAGCACCUCGGCCUGGGAACUCCACCAACCCUCGUCCGCCAGAACUCCAUUGGCAGACCGCCCAGCUCCACCGGGCGACACACUGAUGACGAAGGCUCGCUGAGGAGGAGGGCUGUGAAGCCUCCCACAGGGUUCAGCCCCAAAGCCCGCAAUGGGCGAGACUUGAGUUGCCAUAGCAGCUACGGCUCCCUGCCUCGGGAAGGCCGAGACCAGACUCCGCCCAGAGCUGAGGGAAGCCCGAUCCACGGUUACACCAGCAUCGAGGUCACCAACGUUUGAGGUCAUCACAGUGGGACGAAACACCAGUUGUCGGCUUCAUCACAACUAAAUCUACACUGUGGACGUUUGUCAUGUGUGCCCGAAUAUGAGAUGGUUAUUUUCUCUACAGAUGAGGACUAAAAGGACAGAUUGCACUUUUUAAAACGAGACAGGAUUCUGUUUUUACAAGUCUCCUGGUUUUCCAAGGCUUUCAUUGUUCGCAGGUGGUAUUUUGAUGUAUUAGAGGGCAGUGAUUUCUCUCUGAAUCAAAAGAUGCAGGUCGCAAGCUAAAUGAUUAUUUUUCUAUUUUUUGUGUGUAAAUGGUUCUUUGUGAAUCAAUAUUUGACUUUUGUUGACUGGUUGCUAGUGACGGUUUCUCUGAGGGAAAUUAGAUUUUUCUUUUUUGUAUAAUACAGGUACUUGAAGACACAAUGGAAAAGGUUUCAUAUCAAUGUAAAUUGUUCUUGUUUCAUUCAGUUCUGCUGUCUGUGAUGCCUUGUCAGUGUAGCUGAGGACAGUGGACAAAACUUUUUUUUAAUUCUACAGUUUAUGUUUGAUAGCCAUUUUUUCAUCUUGCACAUUUACACAGUCGUGUCUAAACGGAUGUAGCACCCUCUUCUGAUGUUUUUAUACUGUGAAGUAAAUGUGGGAAAAAAAUAUUUUAACAAUGGCAACAAAAGAUGACUGCAGAGCUGUAUGUCCAUAGAAGCCUCAGGGCUGAAAGGUGUGAGGAUGCAUAUAUGUAAAAAAUGAAAAAGGUUCCUUUAAUGAAAUAAAGAUUACGUCUUACA